AUGGAAGCAGAGAACCUGCUCCCCUCAGAGAGCGAGUCUGCCAGAAGGGUCAGGACGCUAGCCAAGCUCAAUGAGAUGUGUCGGGAUUUCGUGAAGCGAGUGUACGAGAAGAACAACUUGAUGGAGCAAUACUCAGAGGAAAACCCUCCAUAUCAACUUCGAACCUUCGGUAGUUACCGUCUUGAUGUUCACUUGCCUGGUGCAGAUAUGGAUACGGUGAUGAUCGUCACUCGACACAUCCAUCGCGAUGACAUGUUCAACGAUCUCUACGUGGCCAUGCAAGCUCGCAAAGACAUCACGAACCUGAUCAAAGUCCAGGAAGCUCGUGUGCCUGUGAUCAAGUUUCAGAUGGAUGAGUUCGAGUUCGAUUUGGCGAUGGCGAGGCUCAGCUAUGCGACUAUACCGGAGGACUUUGAUGUUACCGACGACAAGCAUCUCAAGAAUGUCGAUCAGCAGAGCGUCACUUCCCUCAAUGGUGUGCGCGUGACGGACACAAUCAGAAGCCUCGUCCCGACCAUGAAGACCUUGAAGUAUUGCAUCCGAGCGCUCAAGUUGUGGGCCAAGAAGCGUGGAGUGUACAAGAACGUGUUGGGAUUCCUUGGAGGUAUCUCACUGGAGAUCAUGGCCGCAAGGAUCGGACAGCUCUAUCCCAAGGCUCUUCCAAGCAGGCUGCUGUACUUCUUCUUCUUCACCUACUCUCAAUGGAAGUGGCCGCAGCCCGUAGGCCUGACCGAGGUCAUCGCCAACUCGCAUGAUCUGAAUCUGCCAGUUUGGGGAUUCGGAGCGACUGAAAUGUCAGACCGCCGGCAUUUGAUGCCUAUCAUCACCCCUUGCUAUCCUGCACAGAAUGCUACGGCAAAUGUGUCCAAGUCGACCCUCAAGGUGAUGCAGGAGGAGUUCACCAGGGCCAAGGAUAUUUGCAAACAGAUCCUGGAAGGCAAUGCCGAGUGGAGCGAUCUGUUUGAACCCCUUGACCCGUUUUCAAAGGCUUCUGUGAAGCCAACAUUCGUGCCGUAG